AUGUAUGAACGCAGCUACAUGCAUCGGGAUGUUAUCACCCACAUUGUUUGCACCAAGACAGACUUCGUCAUAACUGCAAGCCAUGAUGGACAUGUGAAGUUCUGGAAAAAAGUGGAAGAAGGAAUUGAGUUUGUGAAACAUUUCCGGAGUCAUUUAAGUGUUAUAGAAAGCAUUGCAGCCAGUUCAGAGGGAGCUCUUUUGUGCACAGUGGGUGAUGACCAAGCAAUGAAAGUCUUUGAUGUGGUCAACUUUGACAUGAUCAACAUGUUGAAGCUUGGCUAUCACCCUGGGCAGUCAGAGUGGGUAUACUGUCCUGGAGAUGCAAUCUCAGCAGUGGCAUGUUCUGAAAAAAGUACAGGGAAAAUCUUUAUUUAUGAUGGUCGGGGAGAUAAUAAACCUAUGCAUGUGUUUGAGAAGAUGCACUCCUCACCUCUAACAGCAAUCCGACUGAACCCAGGUUAUAAAGUGGUUGUGUCUUCAGACAAGAGUGGGAUGAUUGAGUAUUGGACUGGACCUCCUCGUGGGUACAAAUUCCCCAAUAAUAUCAACUGGGAAUACAAAACGGACACUGAUCUGUAUGAGUUUGCCAAGUGUAAAACUUGUUUGACUGGAAUAAAUUUCUCCUCGGAUGGUAAAAAGAUGGCCACUAUUGGAGCUGACAGAAAAGUGCGCAUUUUUCGUUUUUUAACUGGGAAGCUAAUGAGAGUCUUUGAUGAGUCUUUAAGCAUGUUUACAGAGUUGCAGCAAAUGAGACAACAGCUACCAGACAUGGAAUUUGGGAGGCGCAUGGCUGUGGAGAGGGAGUUGGAGAAAGUGGAUGCCAUUAAACUAAUUAACAUAAUUUUUGAUGAGACUGGCCAUUUUGUGUUGUACGGGACAAUGCUUGGUAUUAAAGUGAUUAACGUAGAAACAAACAGGUGUGUGCGUAUCCUUGGCAAGCAGGAAAACAUCAGGGUGAUGCAGCUUGCACUGUUCCAAGGGGCAGCUAAAAAGCACCGUGCUGCAACCACUAUAGAGAUGAAGGCUUCAGAUAAUCCCGCCCUACUGAACAUCCAGCCUGAUCCCACCAUCGUAUGCACCUCCUUCAAAAAGAAUCGAUUUUACAUGUUUACCAAGCGAGAGCCAGAAGACACAAAAAGUGCUGAAUCUGACAGAGAUGUUUUUAAUGAGAAACCAUCAAAAGAAGAGGUUAUGGCCGCUACACAGGCCGAGGGGCCUAAACGUGUUUCUGACAGCGCCAUCGUCCACACAAGCAUGGGAGAUAUUCACGUCAAACUGUUUCCUGUCGAGUGUCCCAAAACCGUGGAGAAUUUCUGUGUACACAGCCGCAAUGGUUACUACAAUAGUCAUGUGUUUCACCGAAUCAUUAAGGGUUUCAUGAUUCAAACAGGAGAUCCUACAGGAACCGGAAUGGGUGGAGAAAGUAUUUGGGGUGGAGAGUUUGAAGAUGAGUUCCAUGCCACGCUAAGACAUGACCGACCCUACACUCUCAGCAUGGCUAAUGCAGGCCCAGGAACCAAUGGCUCUCAGUUCUUCUUGACAGUGGUGCCAACUCCUUGGCUCGACAACAAAAACACACAGUGUUCGGGCGAGUAA